GCCGGUACCGGCGCCUCAGGGUUCGGCUCACGUGCGCAGGACCGGUGGGGGCGGCAGCGCGGGCGCCUGCGGGUUCCCCGCCCGCCAUGGAGCGGCUGACGUUGCCUCCCGGCGGCGCGGCGGCGGUGGACGAGUACCUGGAGUACCGGAGAAUUGUCGGCGAGGAUGAUGGCGGGAAACAAUUUACUCCUGAAGAAUAUGAAGAAUACAAAAGAAAAGUCAUACCCAUACGUCUACUGAACAGAUUGUUCGUGAGCUGGCGAUCGCCGACUGGAGUGGACUGUAAACUUGUGGGUCCAGAGACACUGUGUUUUUGUACACAUAGGUAUAAGCAACAUAAAACUGACUUUGAAGUGAUUCCUCAGCGGCGCCCCAUCAGUCUGCCGUGCCGAGUGCCGGGCUGCCUGUGCCGGGCUUACCUCUACGUGCCCCUCAGUGGGGCACAGCCCAUUCGUUGCCGGUGCAAGCACCUUGCCGAUCAGCACAGUGCAGCGCCAGGCUUAGUCUGCAAUGCCUGCUCUAAGUGUUCGGGAUUUCACAGUUGCUUCACGUGUGCCUGUGGUCAGCCCGCACAUGCCCAUGACACAGUAGUGGAAACGAAGCAGGAAAGACUGGCUCAGGGGAAACCAGUGGGACGGGACGUUCCUUAUGCAGCAAUGGGAGGACUAACUGGCUUCAGCUCGCUGGCGGAAGGCUACCUGCGGCUGGAUGACAGCGGAAUUGGUGCACCUUCAGUUGAAGUUUUAGAUGCUUCAGUUACAGCCACGGACCAUCCAUUUCUAAGAGCAUUUCAAGCAUCAUCUAACUCUCCUCCAGAAACACUCAGAGAUGGAGGUACAAGCAGCCAGGUUCCUUCCUUAAGGAAACCCGAAGAGGACGACAUGGCUUUCUUUGAAAGAAGAUACCAGGAAAGGGUGUUACUGAAAUCUGCUCUGGCUCUGAGAGAGAAAGAGAUGGAAAAAAGAAGAGGGAGACGAGUUGGGAACAUGCACAUCCGAACAAGCCAUAUUUUAGAAAUGCAGUUAGGUCCCUUCAACCAUCAGAUUUUGGCUUCUGAAUUUUUCAGCUUAACCACUAAAUAACUGUACGGUGACUGAUAAAUAAGACAUGAGUCCAAAUGAGAUAAAAAUGGAAAAGGCUGCUAAGCAGAAAGGAAAAGCACCAUUGUCAUCAACUACAAGACCUUCAUGAAGAGACUAGGGAAAUAAAAAAAAAAAUCAUCCAAGUAUGUGUUUUGUGUUAAUUAUUUAAAUGUAAUAAUACAGUUUAUUUUCCCUCAAAUCACUUAGUUCUUUUACCAUUUAAAAAUGUCUUCUUGGAUGUUUCCUUAAUUUAUUUAAAAAAGUGAAAAUAUAUUACUUUUGUCAAAAUUCAUGCUUUAUUACUUUGUAUAUAUUUUUAUCUCUUCUAACAAAUAAGAUUAUUUCCAUAUUAAUCAAAGCCUUAAAGGACAGUAAAUAUUUUGUCUACAACACUUUAACUUUUCUCAGGCUAUUUAAAAAAUUAAAGAUGCUAUUGAUGGUUUUGAAGAAAUAUGUAAGUAUUUUAUUCAAAACAGUUACAUUAAAAAUCCUUAAUUUUUUAUUUUUCAAACUUUGUAAUGUUGAUUUAUG